GGAGAUGCUCCCAGGGGAAGCUAAUCCACCUCCAAGUGCUGGUCCACCUCCAGGUGCUGAUCCACCUCCAGGUGCUGGUCCACCUUCAGGUGCUGGUCCACCCUCAGGUGCUGGUCCACCUCCAGGUUCUGGUCCACCUCCAGGUCCUGAUCCACCUCCAGGUGCUGGUCCACCUUCAGGUGCUGGUCCACCUCCAGGUUCUGAUCCACCUGGUGCUGUUCCACCUUCAGGUUCUGAUCCCCCUCCAGGUGCUGGUCCACCUCCAGGUUCUGGUCCACCUCCAGGUCCUGAUCCACCUCCAGGUGCUGGUCCACCUUCAGGUGCUGGUCCACCUCCAGGUUCUGAUCCACCUUCAGGUGCUGGUCCACCUUCCAGGUGCUGGUCCACCUCCAGGUGCUGGUCCAUCUCCAGGGGCUGAUCCACCCUCAGGUGCUGA